AUGUCUUGGAAUGAGAGCAGGGAUUGCUGCACUUGGGAUGUAGUCACUUGUGACUUGUUAACUAGAAACAUUAUCAGCCUGGACCUUAGUUGCAGUCAGCUUAGUGAAAGUAUUCAACCCAACAGUAGCCUCUUCCAACUCCAUCAUCUUCAGAGACUUAACCUUGCUUAUAAUGACUUCAAUUAUUCUUCAAUUCCAAAUGGUAUUGGCUGGUUGAGGAAUUUGAGAUACCAAUUUGCAAGGCGUUCUGUCAGAGAGCUCUUUCUUCUGCCAAACUUGGAAAGGCUCAUAUUGGGUGAUAACUCUUUUCUAAAAGGAGUUUUUCAAAAGAUCCACCCCAGCAACACUCUGUUGGAGUUGGAUAUCUCAAAUACAGGCAUCUUUGGUGAGCUGCCUAAUUCAGUUGGCACCUUGAGUUCCUUGAAUAACUUGGACCUCCAUGAAUGUGGCUUCUUUGGUUCGAUUCCUGAUUCUAAUGCCGCACUUGUGUUGUUGGAUCUUUCUAAUAAUAAGAUUGAUGGUCCAAGCCCUAACUGUUUUAACGGCAUGAGGUGGGACUCAUUGAAGUACCUAAACCUUUCUCAUAACUCACUUACAAGACACAUGGAACAACUUCAUCACCCUACUCCACAAUAUCUUGAUCUUAAAUUUAACUUCCUUCAGGGUCGACUACCUUCAUCCUUUUGUAACAUGAGCAGCCUUACAUUUCUAGAUUUAUCCCACAAUUACUUCAAUGACUCUAUUCCAAAUUGCUUGGGCAAAAUGGUUAGGCUAUCUGCGCUAGACUUGAGAAGAAAUAGUUUUACUGGAAGUCUUCUAUCGUUAUGUGCACAGAGCACUUCAUUGAGUACCAUUGUCUUGAAUGGUAAUCGAUUUGAAGGACUUUUCCUUGUGUCAUUUCUCAAUUGUACCGGUUCAGAAGUCCUUGAUAUGGGGAAUAACGCUAUAAAUGACAUGUUGCAGAUUUUCGAUCUGUUUCAUAAUGACUUCAGUGGCUCACUGCCUUCAGAAGUUUUUCGAAACUUCAAAGCAAUAAUAAAAAAUGGCACAGACAAAGGGGACUUCAGAUAUAUGGAAACACCAUCUUAUGACUUCUCUUAUGUAGUGUACGAGGAUUCAAUGAGUGGGGAUAUUCCAAUGGAACUGGGGCAAUUGAAUAUGCUUGAAGCAUUAGAUCUCUCUAGGAAUUGGCUCACUGGAAAGAUUCUGCAGGAAUUGACACAGCUAAAAUUUCUGGCAAUGUUAAACCUCUCUCAAAAUCUUCUUGUUAGACGCAUUCCUCGAGGUCCACAAUUCAACACAUUUGAAAAUUAUUCAUAUGGUGAAAACCUUGGUUUAUGUGGUCCUCCUUUAUCAAAGCAAUGUGGAACGAGUGAUCCAUCACAUGUUUCUCAUCCAUUGGAGUCGGAUGAAGAAGAUGAUUCAUAUUUUGCGAGUGGAUUUACAUGGGAAUCCAUGGUCAUAGUCUACAGGUGUGGACUUGUUGUUGGAACUGUCAUGUAG